AUGGAAGAGUCUGAUGUAUUGGAGAAAGAUCUGAUCGACCGCGAUAAAUUUCGGGGAGGCGAUCGACCGCCGGAGGUUGUUGAUUCUGGAAAAGAUGGCGCGAACGGAGUAGCAACGAAUAACGAAGACAUUGCUAUGGCGGACGCUGACGGCGAAGGGCAUCUAGAGAACGGCGUUUCGGAUGCGAACGACGCUGAGCCGGUUGCUGGACCGACGACUGUGGAGGGAGGAAAAGACGAGGAAAUGCGAGACGCGGAAGCGGUGAAAGACGACGGCGACGCGAGCGAUGGUCGCGCGAAUGACGUCGAGCGCGGCGACGCGGCCGCUGCGGCUGACGCAGCUGCUGCGACGCCCGCAGGUGCGGACGAAAAUGCGGGUGGCGACGCGACGGGUGUUGAGGCCGGUGAGAAUAAGCAAGCUGACGGCGUGGCUGACGGAGUUGACGGCGAGGCGGGAAUGGAGGGCGCGAACGAGCGAGAAGGGAAGAGUGGCGAGAAGAAGGAGCAGGGCGAUGACGAGACGCGCGACGACGGCGGAGAAGUGGCAGCAGAAGGGGGAACGGCGUCCGCGACUGGUGCGGGUGAGAAGGCGCGCGACGAGGCGGAGAAGGGGAGCGCGGAGGAGGAGGAGAGGAAGGACGAGGGGGAGGGGACUGAGGGGACCGAAGCGAAGGAAGGGAGGGCGGAGAAGGAAGAGGAAGAAGUGGAGGUGGAGGGUGAAAAGGAAGAGGAGGGGGAGGGGGAGAAGGAAGAGAACGACAAAGAGAAAAAAACGGGGAAGGACACGAAGGAGGGGAAGGGCGAGAAGGAAGCGGACGAGGAAAAGGUGCCGAAAGAGGGGAAGAAGGGCAAGGGGGGGAAGGAGGAGGUGCGGCGGAAGCAGCGGGAGGACAGGCCCGCGCAGGGCGGGGAUGCCAGCGACCAGCGCAAGGCAGCAAAGGGCGCGUCCCCGCAUCUCCGCCCCCACGGCACGCCCGCCAAGGCCUCCGCCAAGGUCCCCGCUUCUCCCGCCACUCCCGCGGCUGGCAGGGCGCGCGCGGGGGAGGAGGAGAGCGGGGGGAGCGAGGACGAGGGGGAGUGGGCGCCAGUGGUGCACGAGCUGGUGUGGGCCAAGGUGCGCUCGCACCCCUGGUGGCCUGCGCGCGUGCUCUCCCCCUCCGAGGCCACUCCCAGGGCGCGCGCGCAGCACCGCUCGGGGCACCUGCUCAUCGGCUUCUAUGGCGACCAGACCUUCAACUGGUUGCGUCCAAUGGACCUACUACCAUUCGCGGAGCACUACUGGGACAAGUCACAGCAGACGCCCAUGAAGCUCUUCUGCCAGGCCGUGGCGGAGGCCCUCGUGGAGCUGGACGACCAGGUGGCCAAGGGCCUGCUGCACGGCGCCAAGCCCUCCACGCUUGCUGCGCAGCACCGCCGCGUCAACCCCACCGUCAUGCUGUCGUACCUGCGAGCCACAGCCCGCAAUCCCAUCGGCGGCAACGCGUUCAAGUGGGCGGUGGAGAUGCAGCGGCUGGGCAUCAAGGCCGGCGCUGAAACCGCCCGUGACGACCUGCUGCGCCUCGCCAGGAGCCCCCUGGAGCUGGCGGAUCUGAGCGAGUCACUCAAGCCCGUGGCAGCAUGGCGCCAGCACACCUUCUGGUUCGCCCGCUCGCACAAACCACCUGCCGCUGCUAGCAAGGGCGAGGCAAAGAAGGCCCCAGCAGCCAAGGCAGGCCCUGAGGCAGCGGGAGAAAAGAGUGCAGCGGCGGGAGAGGCGGAGAGAGAGGUGGGCGCAGAGGGAGGUGAGAAGGCGGAAGCACAAGGGAAGGCUGCGGAGAAGGCACCAGGCGAGGGUGCUGUGGCAGCCGCUGAGGGCGAAGAGGAAAAGGCAAAGGAAGAGGAGGGUGAGAAAGAGAAGAAGGCGGUUGCUGGUGAAGGUGCUGCUCCGAUGGAGGUGGAGGGAGGGGAGGCGGAGGCAGGCGGGGUGAAGGAGAAGGUGGAGGUCAAGGAGGAGGAGAAGGGAGGAAAGGAAGGGGUAAGUGGGGAGAAGAUCCGUGAGGAUGAAGGGGCGAAGGAGGAGGAGAUGAUGGAGGGGGAGAGGAAGCAAAAGGAAAAGGAGGAGGAGGGAGUGGGAGUGAUAACAGGCGAGGUGGAGGAGGAGGACAGGUGGGAGGAGGAGGCAGAGGAGGAGGAACCAGUGCCGCGACCGCCCCCACCAGCGGCACCAGCACGCAAGGCAGGGGCAGCAACGUCAGCAGCAGCAGCAGGGGAGGAGGGGGCGGGAGGGGCAGUGCGGCCUCGGGGGCGCACCAAGGCGGAGGUGAAGGCGCGGCGGCAGCAGCGGCUGGUGGACGCCCGGCCUGGCAGUGAGAGCGAGGGGGGCGAGGGGGGCGAGGAGGAGGACGGGCACAGUGAUGAGGAGAGGCCUGUGGUUGCGAGGGGCAGGGGACGUGGGCGCGGACGGGGGUCGAGAGGGGGGAGGGGCGGGCGGGACAGGGGGGAGGCAGGUGGGGAGGCAGGGGGGAGAGGGGGGGUGAGUUUGACUGGGAGGGGGAGAGGGAGGGGGAGGGGGAGAGGUAGGGGGAGGGGCAGGGGGCGAGGAAGCGAGGGAGGAGUGGCGGAGGGCGGAGCGGCAGAAGGGGGGGAGUGGGAGGGGAGGCAGCGCGACGCGGAGGAGGCGGGGCAGGAGAGGGCAGUGCGGCAGCGCAAGGCAGGGGUGCCUGCGCGUGGGGAGGGGGAGGCGCUGAGUCCGGAGGGCCGGCGGCGGUCACUGCAGCAGCUGGCGGCCGCUAAGAGGGAGGCGCGUGGUGGAGCAGGCGCGGAUGAAUCGCCCCCACAUGCGCUAGCACUGACAGCACAGGAUGCUACGUCAGUGCCACCGGGAUGGCAGCAGCCCCACUCCCAUCCGCAGCAGCAGCAGGGGCAGGGUCAGCAGGGCUGGCAACAGGGCUGGCAGCAGGGCGGGCAGCAGGGCGGGCAGCAGCAGCAAGGGGGCGGGCAGCAGCAGGGGGGCGGCGGCCAGCAGGUGCUGUGCAUGCGGUUCCCGAAGCAGAUGCCGCAGCCGUCAGUGGCUCAGCUGCGCGCCACCUUCGCUCGCUUCGGUGCGCUGCUGGGCGCCAAGCUCAUCAAAUACCAGGGCGUCGCUGAGGUGGUAUUUGAGGACCCAGCGUCAGCUACAGCAGCCAUGCACGAGGCCAUGCACGGCUCGUCGCUCUUUGGCUCAUGGGACGUGUCCUUCCGCCUGCGCCCCUACACCGCCUCCUUGGACUCAGCACUGCCUAUCCGCCCCACAUAUCCCUCCGCCCACACCCCCCCACCCUCCGCCCACGGCCUCCCUCCCUCCACCCGGACCCUCCCUGCGCGCCUUCCCCCCGCGGUCUCCCCCGCGCCCACUCCCCCGCGCGCCCUCGCGCCUCCCCCUGCCGGUGCUGCCCUUGUGCCCGCCGCCCCUGCAGCGCGCCUCACACCCUCACAGCGCCACAGCCUGGCGAAUCCAGCGCAGGCAGCGCAGAGGCCAGGCAGUGCGGCAUGGAUGGGCACGCCCACCACGCUGGGGCCCGCAGCAGGGGCAGGAGAAGGGAGUGGGGAGUCAGUGGGGGCAGCAGGGGCGGGGGCGGUGCCGGACAUAAAGCAGAGCAUGUUCAGCCUGCUCAGCAAGGUGCAGGCAAUCGUGUCGCAGCCCGAGGGGGAGGGGCGCGCAGCUCACGGCGCAGACAGCACCGCGUGA